AGGGGGGGACUGGGUUGAGGGGGGACUGUUUAUUCCGGGAACCCGGUUCCGGUCGGCCCCAGUUUCCGGCGGACCGGAAGUCUCUGCGGGGAGCGGGGCGGCCAUGAGCGGUAAACGCAAAGCGGAGACUUUCAUCCCGGCGGAGGAGAGCGACCAACUGCUGAUCCGACCCCUGGGAGCAGGACAAGAAGUGGGACGAUCAUGUAUCAUUGUGGAAUUCAAAGGAAGAAAAAUCAUGCUGGAUUGUGGAAUACAUCCUGGACUGGAAGGAAUGGACGCCCUCCCAUACAUUGAUCUAAUCGAUCCUGCAGAGAUAGACCUUCUCCUUAUUAGUCACUUUCAUUUGGAUCACUGUGGUGCUCUGCCAUGGUUUCUGCAAAAGACAAGUUUCAAAGGCAGGACGUUUAUGACUCACGCCACAAAAGCUAUCUAUCGCUGGCUCCUGUCUGAUUAUGUCAAGGUCAGUAAUAUUUCAGCAGAUGACAUGCUGUACACAGAGUCUGACUUGGAGGAAAGCAUGGACAAGAUUGAGACCAUCAACUUCCAUGAGGUGAAGGAGGUGGCAGGCAUCAAGUUCUGGUGCUACCAUGCCGGCCAUGUCUUGGGAGCAGCCAUGUUCAUGAUCGAAAUUGCUGGAGUGAAGAUCUUGUACACUGGAGAUUUUUCACGGCAGGAGGACAGACACUUAAUGGCAGCUGAGAUCCCAAGUGUCCGACCUGACAUUCUUAUAAUUGAAUCUACAUAUGGCACUCACAUCCAUGAGAAACGUGAGGAGCGUGAAGCUCGGUUCUGCAACACUGUACAUGACAUUGUAAACCGUGGAGGAAGAUGCCUCAUUCCUGUCUUUGCUCUGGGCCGGGCACAGGAACUACUUCUGAUCUUAGAUGAAUAUUGGCAGAACCAUCCAGAACUGCACGACAUACCCAUCUACUACGCCUCAUCUCUGGCGAAAAAGUGCAUGGCUGUGUACCAGACCUAUGUGAAUGCUAUGAAUGAAAAGAUCCGCAAACAGAUCAGCAUCAACAAUCCUUUUGUCUUCAAGCACAUCAGCAACCUGAAGAGCAUGGAUCAUUUUGAUGACAUUGGUCCCAGUGUGGUCAUGGCCUCUCCUGGUAUGAUGCAGAGCGGGUUGUCCAGGGAGCUGUUUGAGAGCUGGUGCACUGAUAAGAGGAACGGAGUCAUUAUUGCAGGUUACUGUGUUGAAGGCACACUUGCCAAGCACAUUAUGUCUGAGCCUGAGGAGGUAACAACUAUGUCUGGGCAAAAAUUACCCCUGAAGAUGUCAGUGGAUUACAUCUCAUUCUCUGCACACACAGACUACCAACAGACCAGUGAAUUUAUUCGUGCACUGAAGCCACCCCAUGUGCUGCUGGUACAUGGAGAACAGAACGAGAUGGCCAGGUUGAAGGCAGCGCUUAUCCGGGAAUACGAAGACAAUGAUGAGGUUCACAUAGAAGUCCACAACCCACGCAACACUGAGGCUGUGACACUUUACUUCAGAGGAGAAAAACUGGCCAAGGUGAUGGGCUGCUUGGCAGACAAAAAGGCUGAUCAAGGUCAAAGGAUUUCAGGAAUACUUGUAAAAAGAAACUUUAACUAUCACAUCCUCAUACCGUCUGAUCUGUCCAUUUACACUGACUUGGCAAUGAGCACAGUGACUCAGACGCAGGCUAUACAGUACUCUGGACCCUUCAUGCUAUUGGCACAUCAUCUCCAAACUCUUGCAGAUGAUGUGGAGGAAAUAGAAGUUCAGGAAAAGCCAGCACUGAGAGUCUUCAAAGCCAUCACAGUGAUUCAGGAGCCAGGCAUGGUGGUGCUGGAGUGGGUGGCAAAUCCACUGAAUGACAUGUAUGCAGAUGCAGUGAUGACGGUGAUCUUGGAAGUGCAAUCAAACCCUAAAGCACAGAAAGCUGUGCAGCAAAAUACAAGCAAGAAGGUUGAUGAAGAGACUUAUACGAAAAGGGUGGAGAUCAUGCUACAGGAUAUGUUCGGGCAAGAAUGUGUGGCAAAGUCCAAAAGUGGCAAAUCUCUGUCAGUAACCGUGGAUGGAAAGACGGCAAAUAUUUCCCUGGAUACACGGGUGGUUGUAUGUGAAGAGGGGAGUACUGAAGAUGAGCCACUUCGAGAAAUGGUAGAGAUGGCAGUACAAAGGUUGUAUGAAACCAUACACCCAGCACUUUCUUGAAGACUGGGAGGAGGAAAAAAGCUAAUUGUGUACUGCGAGUCCUACUGUUGAGCUAAGACUCCAUUUGUGUUUCAUUACUACUGUUCAGUGUUCAGGAUGUGGUGCUUUAUUCACACUCUCAUCGUGUGACAGGAAUUCAUUCUACAGCUGUACCUAAUUCCAUUUGCGUUAUUUGAAAAAAGUCUUGAAAUGAAUUUUUUUCAACAUGAAAAAUUUAUUGGGCAAAUUUUGGAAAUACUGCCUUUUUUUAAAAAAAAUCUAAUUAUUUCCACCCAUGCAAGAAUCAUCUUACAUUAAGUACUGCAGUAUCUAACACUGCAUUCAUUAUGCAUGAGUUUCCAAUCAUACAUAACUGUUGAAAACACUUUUCUCUCCAGACUGGAUGCGGUGGUAUUGAAACACUGAGUUAUUUCAUUCCUGAACGAGUAAAACAGUAAGAACUGAAAUUAAACAAAUAUUUCAAUAAACUAGUGUGUACAAAUAUGUCCUUGUCAGUUAAAUAGAAUAUUGUUGCAGAUCUGUAUUAAGUAUUGUUAAAAUUCGCAAAAAAAUAAACNUUUUUUAAACAAAGGUUUUGAACAUAACCUUUUUUUCAUCA